AUGGCAGAGAAACAGAGCUAUGGUGUUGACAUAGCCGCAAAAUACCGGCUAGAGAACGCACGCGACGAGGACCGACAAGAAGAUACGGAUGAUCCUCCGGAGGAACACCGACCGAACCGAAACUUCAGCAAAAAGUCAUUUUUUGCCUGGUUCGACAGAAACGAUGGACCCUUGGAGCGAAAAGUGAUACUGAAGCUUGACUUUUUCAUUCUGACAUAUGCUUUCGUGGGCUUCUGGAUUUUAUACAUCGAUAGAGGAAUCCUGACCAAUGCGUACAUCAGUGGCAUGCGAGAAGCGUAG